AGCACUCCUUGUACCUCAUCUCUGUGCUGCUGCUGCCAGUGCCGAGUUUUCAAACAAGCGCCGAGUAACUGGGAUCACCACACGCUUACUUCCUUCCUGGAGCCCCUGAAGGUCAAGGGUCGGGUCCUGCAAUGGGAUUUGGUCCCUCUCAGAUGACUGAAGAGCUAACUGAAAAGCAAACAGAGCGUGCAUUGAAAACUGCAAAAAAGUCUGUCUGUGUGGAAUAAUAAAGAACCCUUCCCCAAAAACUGUCCUCCACUCCAGGCCAAAAUGUCAACGGUCACUUCAGCAACCCCAGACCCUCCUGCAAUUGCCAACCCCCCUCCUCCUGAGGUGACCAACUCUACCAAACCUGGCCGCAAGACUAACCAGCUGCAGUACAUGCAAAAUGUAGUUGUCAAGACACUGUGGAAGCACCAGUUUGCAUGGCCUUUCUACCAACCUGUUGAUGCUGUCAAGCUUGGUCUUCCGGACUAUCACAAGAUAAUAAAGAACCCAAUGGACAUGGGAACCAUCAAGAAAAGACUGGAGAACGUGUACUACUGGAGUGCCAGCGAGUGUAUGCAAGAUUUCAACACAAUGUUCACAAACUGUUAUAUUUACAACAAGCCCACAGAUGACAUUGUCUUAAUGGCACAAGCAUUAGAGAAGGUCUUCCUUCAGAAAGUUGCCCUGAUGCCUCAGGAGGAGGUUGAGCUCCUUCCUCCUGCUCCAAAGGGCAAAGGUCGUAAACCAGCAGGACCAGGUCAGCAGGAUGGGUCUGUCUCCUCCGGCUCACCCAACUCCAUUGUCCCUGGUGCCUCCUCACCGGCUUCGCAGACGGCGGCCAUAUCCCCGCCUCCGGUGCCUGGCAUCACUCCCAGUGUACCAUCUGUACAGAACACAACAACCGCAUCCAUGAUACCCGCCAUGCCCCCUUCUCAACCUGUCGUCAAAAAGAAAGGGGUGAAGAGGAAAGCAGACACAACCACCCCCACUACCUCUGCCAUAACGGCAAGCAGGAGCCAGUCGCCCACCCCUCUAUCAGAAGGCAAACAGGGCAAAGUGGCAUCCAGGCGGGAGAGCACGGGUCGCCCCAUCAAACCACCUAAAAAGGAUUUUGAGGAUGGUGAACUAGGCCUGCAUGGAGGCAAAAGGAGCAGACUUUCAGAGCAGCUCAAAUACUGCGACAUCAUUCUAAAAGAAAUGCUCUCGAAAAAACAUGCAGCGUAUGCAUGGCCCUUUUACAAGCCUGUUGAUGCAGAGGCUCUCGAGCUGCAUGACUACCAUGAAAUAAUCAAACACCCUAUGGACUUAAGUACAGUCAAAAAAAAAAUGGACGGUCGAGAGUACCAGGAUGCACAGAGUUUUGCUACAGAUGUGAGAUUAAUGUUCUCAAAUUGUUACAAAUACAACCCACCUGAUCAUGAGGUGGUUGCUAUGGCCAGAAAGCUGCAGGAUGUGUUUGAAAUGCGUUUUGCGAAGAUGCCAGAUGAACCAGUUGAAGUGGGAGUGGCAGGCGGUGUAGGCGGGGCCGGUGUGGUCAGUAAGAGCACUGUCAGCAGUGAGAGCAGUGGCGGCGACUCCACCUCUGACAGCUCCGACUCUGAAGAAGAGAGGGCCACCCGGCUCGCCGAGCUGCAGGAACAGGUGGGUGCGGAACAGUGUAUCUCUUUGGAGCACCCCAUUGGUAGCAGACAGGGGAUAAAAAACGGGUGCACCAAGAAUAAUCAGCUGAAAGCUGUCCACGAACAGCUCGCCGCUCUCUCACAGGCCCCUGUUAGUAAACCAAAGAAAAAGAAAGAGAAGGAAAAGGACAAGAAAAAGAAAGAAAACAAGCACAACAAAACCAAGCCGGAGGAGAAAGCCAAAUCAGGGCAGCCGGUGAAACCAGCCCAGCAGAAAAAGGGUCCAGCUAGAAAAGCCAACAGUACUGUCUCUGGAAACAGGCAACCAAAGAAGGGUGGCAGAGGCUAUGAGUCAGACAAGGAGGAGAUGUCACUCCCCAUGACCUAUGACGAGAAACGGCAACUGAGCCUUGACAUCAACCGAUUGCCUGGAGAGAAGCUAGGCAGAGUGGUCCACAUCAUUCAGUCCAGAGAGCCUUCACUGCGGGACUCCAACCCUGAUGAAAUUGAAAUUGAUUUUGAGACACUCAAACCUUCCACUUUGCGUGAGCUGGAGCGAUACGUCAAGUCUUGUUUACAGAAGAAACUGAGGAAACCUCCACAGAAGGGAGGGUCUGGGCCAUCUCGGCUCAGCGGCAGCAGCAGUUCCUCAGACUCGGGCAGCAGCAGUUCCAGCGGCUCCACUUCAGACAGCAGUGACUCCGACUGAACAAUUUUAAUUACUUUUUACAUUUAAAAAAAAAAAAAAAAAAAAAAAAAACAUUGUAUGCAGUCAUGGUUGUUUCCCCACUAAGACUUUUUUAAGAAAAAGAGAAAGAAGAGACAAUAAAAAUGCAUCAUGUCAAGCCUUUUUUUUUUUUUUUUUUUUUUAUUGUCAUGAAGAAAAUUACUGAAAAAGCAAACUAAUAAAUUGCUUUAAUUUUCACUGACUCUGAAAGGGAUGACCAAAUCAACCAAACUAAAACUGCGAGGAGAGAACGUCUUUAAGCACACUUCAAAGUUUUAACUCUUUACACCGGUGUCCUGGUAAUGUGUAUUUUACCAUCACAAAAAUAAACCAUGCUAUCUCACCAGAGAAGAGAGCGGGAAGCUGUGAGUUCCUCCCUGAUUUGACUUCUGCACCCAUUUGUGUUAUAUUUAUUGUUUUCUUUUUCGUUUUUUUUUUUUUUUUUUUUUUUUUUUUUACUGUGGCCUCUUUUUUUUUUCAUAUUGGGCGCUGUGCCAUUAAGUUUGCUCCUUUUGUGAUGUUCUCUUACAAACUGAAAUGUUUCAUACUGAUCCCAACAGUGUCACAACACUUGAAUAGUCUGGGGAACAAAUGGCUUCAAUUAGGAAUUGCAAGCGCUCUAAAGUUAAUCUGUUCAUUUGGUCGUUCUUCUAGCUGAAUGCAUAAUUUUACGUCACAGUCUUGUAUGCCCCAGAUAAUAGAUGCAAGGUGUAGAAAUACUUGCACAGGAAUCCAGUAGAAUUUAGAAGUUUUGUUCAGAUGCUUUGCAUUGACAUGAUAGUGUAUGUGUGUGUGUGUGUAUAUAUAUAUAUAUAUAUAUAUAUAUAUAUAUAUAUAUAUAUAUAUAUAUUAUUAGUCAUUUAGAUGACAUGCAAGCACAUCUUCCAAAAUCUUGGUCAAAAAUGAAUGUACAGAAUUCCAAAAUGUUUAACCUAUGACUGACUUUUGUACAUGAAGUAACCUUAGAUAAGAUUGAAGGUGUUGGUUAUGGGAAGUUUGUUAUCUGGAUCAUGCCCAUUACAGCCAUUGCUGUUGUGAUGCACAUAAUGGAGAGACAUUUGCCACCUCUUACUGUUUUCUGCUGAUGUUUUGACAACGAUAGUUGAAUCACAGAGUCUUCCUCUUCUCAUAUUCAUGCAAAAUUGAUUUAUGAAUGUAAGGCUAGGGUACAUUUGAUAAAUUAUAGUAUGCAGUUCCGAUCGGUCGGUUUUGAUUGUUUUGUUUUUUCCCUUAUCAAAUCUUUCAGCCAUUCCUCAUGUGGAUUGCUAUACUCUGUUAUCUCUUAGAAUAACUAUGCGGUUAAUUAUUUGCAGAAGUGUUUGUAAUAUAUUGUAAUGUCCUCUCUGACUUUUUUUUUUUAUAUAAUUAUAAGUGUUUUAAAGGGAACUGUUAUUUGUUUCAUUUUCUGAUACAUUUUGGUUUAUGGACAGGUGUUUUGAAAACCUUUUGACUAGUUUCAGGGUCAUUUAAUUUUAUAAUCAUCCUGGAGACAAAGACAAGUUCAUGAGGGACAUGUAUCUUUCUAAUUAAACCCUAAUAGAUGCA